AUGGCGUCCGCGCAGCUAACGGACGAAGAGCUGUUCUCGGAGCUGCGGCGCCUCGGCUUCAGCCCGGGCCCCGUCACCGAGCAGACCCGGCCCGUGUACCUGAAGAAACUCAAGAAGCUCCGGGAGGACACAAACGAGCAGCACCGGGGCGGGCUGAGGCAGAGCAAGGCCCAGGGCAAGGCUCGUUCCACGGCUUCCAACAGCAGCAGCGGCGGCGUUAGCAUUAGCAUUAGCACUAGCUCCGGAGGCGCCAAGACCAGAGCCAGACCCGACCGGAAGUCCACUGUGCUCGGCUUCAGCUCGGACGAGUCGGACGCCGAAGCUACGCACAAGCGGAAGAGCGCGAACCACGGAGCUCGGGGUAAGAGCUCGGUGAAUGUGAAGCCACUGUGCCCCGCGGUGAGUGGUAGUAUCAGCGGUGAGAGGAGCGGCGAGAGGAGCGGUGAGAGGAGCGGCGAGAGGAGCGGCGUGAGGAGCGGUGAGAGGAGCGGCGAGAGGAGCGGCGUGAGGAGCGGUGAGAGGAGCGGCGAGAGGAGCGGCGUGAGGAGCGGUGAGAGGAGCGGCGUGAGGAGCGGUGAGAGGAGCGGCGUGAGGAGCGGUGAGAGGAGCGGCGAGAGGAGCGGUGAGAGGAGCGGUGAUGCCAUGUUCGUCAGCCCGAGGAGCCCACCUCUGAGCUGGGAUAGAAGCAGAGCCAGCGCUGCCACUAAUAGCACUACAGAAGUGGAAAAGGAGGAUUCUGGGGAGGAAGAGGACUACGAGGAGCCCCAGGAGUUCACUCCACGCUCCGUAAACGGCAGCAGGACUUUGGUGAAAGCGAGGCCGAUUGGGGACUACUCUGACUCGGAGGAGGAGGCUGCUGUGGCCGGGAACAGCAGCGGGAGCAGUCGGCCCGGUCCACGGAGGGUCACCGUUCAUAAACACGUUAAACCUCCAGAGAUGGUGCGACUGCGCGGAGACGAGACGCAACCGCAGGUCUUCGUGGAGCCCAGACGCCGUGAGCCGAUCGGAGCAGAUCUGAACAAACCGCUGCACGACGGCUCCUCUGGUUUCCAGCAGCGUGGCGCCGAGGCAGGCGCCAACAACCACGUGGGCGGUGGGCGAGAGGACGCCUGCGGACUCUACUCCUACACCAACUCUGGGCUGCGCUCGCGCUUCUCCCCCUACAGCAGCGCGCCACAGUCACUAAGAGGGAACCACCUGAACCACUCCGGCCCCCACCACAGCCCACACCCUGGCCCUCACCACAGCCCCCAGCGUAGCCCCCAGAGGAGCCCGGGCCCCGAGGACGAGCUGCUCCAACAGUUCAGACAGGACCCUCAGACGUCACGCUCUGCCACAGUCAGCGCACACUACCUGUCCAUGCUGCUGCUGUGUGCGGCCGGCCUCUUCUUCCUCACUUUGGGGCUGGUGUACGUGAGGAUGAGGGGAGGAGCUGAGGGAGGGGCCAGCAGCGAGACCAUCCGUAGUCACCCGUUCGGCCCAGAGUUCGACGAUUCUUAUAACAAGACGGACAGAGACCUGAUUCUGGAUCUGCUGCUGCGUCUUCACGACCACUUGGCUUCAGUCGCAGGAGACUUUGACUGUGGGAACCAGAACGUGAGCCGCAGUCUGUCCAUAGAAGAGGCCACCGCGUACUUACAGACGCAGCAUGAGCAGUUUAAAGGCCUCCUGCUGGUGUCUCUGGAGUGGAUCCUGAGGACGGGGCAGGACGUGGGCAUAAGCCUUAUGGGAGCAGAGUCCAGUGAGCCUCUGUCUGACGUCUCUGAGAUCGAGCAGUUGGAGUCCACACAUCCCAGAAUGCCUUUCACCUGCCGCUUCAGACGAGCCUUCUUCUCGGUCAUCUGCAAAGUGCUGCUGUUGGCGGCGGUGGUGGGCGGAGCUUGGGGCGUGGUCUGUUACGUCAAGUUUCGCUGGAGACGAGAAGAAGAGGAGACUAGACUCAUGUACGACAUGGUGGAGCGCAUCAUCGAUGUUCUGAGGAGCCACAGUGAAGCGUGUCUAGAGAACCAGGAGCUGCAGCCAUAUCUGCCCAUCCCCCACGUCCGGGACUCUCUGGUCCACCCCCAGGACAGGAAGAAGCUGCAGAAGGUUUGGGAUCGAGCUGUGAAGUUUCUCUCUGCAAACGAGUCCCGGAUCCGGACCGAGAGUCAGCGCAUCGGAGGAGCGGACUUCCUGGUCUGGAGGUGGAUCCAGCCUUCACUGGGAGACAAGUCCAACAUGGCCUCCUCCAAAGUCUGGCAAGGGAAAGCUUUCCCUCUGGACAGAAGGAACUCUCCUCCCAACAGCCUGACGCCGUGUCUGAAGAUCCGGAACAUGUUUGACCCAGUCAUGGAGGUGGGGGAGAACUGGGACCUGGCCAUUCACCAGGCCAUCCUGGAGAAGUGCAGCGACAACAACGGCAUCGUCCACAUCGCUGUCGACAAGAACUCCAGAGAGGGUUGUGUGUACGUGAAGUGUCUGUCUGCAGAGCACUCGGGGAAGGCCUUCAAAGCUCUGCACGGCUCCUGGUUCGACGGUAAACUGGUGACGGUGAAGUACCUACGUCUGGACCGGUACCAUCAGCGCUUCCCCCAGGCCCAGAGCUGCUGCAGCCCCCUGCACCCCAACAGACUGUCCAGCAGCGCCCCCUACAGCUGA